AUGGACACUUCCAAUGAUCACAAAAUAAGUAAAGAUAUAGGUAAAAAAAUGAGUAAAGAAAUAACAGAACAGAGAUGUGAAGACAAUACUGAUUACAUUAGUCAAAUUUAUAAGUAAGUGUUAAAAGUAAAUGUUAAAAAAUAUACAAAUCAACAUAAAAAUUAAUUCUUUUAAAUUAAUUAAUAUUUUUUAAUUUUUAAGAUUGUUUACAACUUUUCUUAUGAUUGAUUAAUUAGCUUUAUAAAAAAAAGUUUAAACAUUUCAGAUUUGUUGAAUGGCAUCUAUAAAUAUACCUAUGGGGAAAAAAAACAUUAGUAUUUAGUCUAAGUGAAGGUUUUAAAAUAAAUUGUUUCUAAACUAUUUUAAAUCCUGAACAUGAUUUCACUGUGAUGUGUGCUUUUAUAUUUCAAUUUAACUAUAAUGACAUUUUCGUUGUCUUUGUCUAUUCAGAAUUUUUCUAACAGAAAUCUUGCUCCGAUCUUAAAGUGUAGAAUCUUAUGAAAUCAAAUUUUGAGGUUUAUAUAUUAAGGAAGUCAAUUUUUAUUUAUUUUACAGAUAAAAAAAAUUAAAUAAACAAAACAUCAUUGUAAACCUUAAGCUUCUUCACUCCACUCAGAAUCUAAAAAAACCCAUGUAUAUAUAUAUUAAGUUAGGUUAACUUUAUCAUAUAGAGUUCAAUGAACGUACCAGAAAUGCGAGUAAAUAAAAUAAAAUCUCAAUAGAAAUCCUAUGUAAUAAUGUACAUCUAAUUCUUUCUUAAUGCAUCUGAUGAAUAACUUAACAAUUAUAAUUGAAUCUACGGAAUUAUUAAUAUUUACUAUCAAUAUCGAACCCAUGUUCCAUCAGAUUGAAAACUAAAUGAGGAAAAUAUUGUAAAGAGGGGCAUAUGAGUUGUCAGACUGAUUAAUUGUCUAAUCAUUGUCUGAUUGUAUGUGUUUUUACACAUAUUUAUGUUAAAUACAUGAAUUACACAUUUACUAGGGACCUCCUAGAGUUUACUGUACUUUUAAGUUAUUGUUUAAAAUUGGCAUCAUCAAAUUUGCAGUAUUUGUUGUGUACAAAUUAAAAAUUGAAUUUCUUAAAUAUUUAAUAAAUUUAGGUUUUUGUUUUAUAAAAUAUUCUAAUAGAAAAAAAAAGAUUUAAAGUAAAACUUACAAUAAUUAUUGUAUUUAUUAUUAUUUUGUAGGAUUUUCAAGAAAAUAUAUUUGACAUCUCCACCAAUUUUAAAAGAUCUUACUGAUGAGUCAGUAGAUAUUGACUACAAAGAAUCACUAGUAGAUAAUUAUAUUGACUUUAAGAAAAGUAAAACAUAUUUUUCUGAAUUUUUUUAUAAUUAUUUAUGUGAUUAUUUUUUUAUUAUAUUUUUUUUUUUUAGUCUGCAAUAAUUUUAAAGAUCAAAAGUACAGUUCAAUUACUGACGCAAUUAAAGAUAUAAGACUUGUGUUCUUGAACUGUUAUAAAUUUUAUGGUGCUAAAAGUGAUCAUACUAUAAAAUUACUUGAAAUAGAGGAAGAAUUAGAACACCAAAUUGGCCUCCUUGAUGAGUAAUAUUUUGUAUAACUAAUACUAAUGUAUGAAAAGAAUCUAUUAUAUUAUUUUGUUUUCAGAGAUUUAAAAUUGUUUGCUAACAUUCAACUUACUUUAAAAUUACUUGAACCAUACCUGGAUAGAAAACAAAAUUUUUACUUUAGAUAUCCAAAAGGUAUAAUGUUUAAUAAAUUGUAAUAUUAGUUUCAUACUUUAUGAACUGAUUAUUGUUAAUAAUUAUAAUUUAUGUAAUAUUGUUUAUUUUAGAUUGUUAUGAUUCAAUAUUAUUAAGAUCUGUUGCACAUUGUCGCCCAGAACGUUUGAAAGAAUAUCAUAAUAUAUUAUCAUCUAAACUUACCACCAAUGCAGAUAAUGCCCACAUAUUAGAAGGGCUACAGCAUUGGGAAAAUGAAAUUUAUUUUAAUGAUAAUUAUAAAUUUAUAAGUUCAAUGUGGGAGGUAAGUAUACAUUUUUUAUUUUUUACGAAUAUAAAUUCUAUACUUAUUAUGUGGUAAAUUUCUAUUUGUUUUAGUUACCAGAAAUAGGCAAUUUUGUGGCAAUUAUAUUUAAAGAACUUGACUAUGAAAUUGUUAACCAAGGUGAAAUUGAAAGAAUGUUUUUAAUGCCUAAAGAAUCAACAACUAUGAGUAAAAUUAUGACUACACUUUUGAUGCCAAUUAAAAAGCCAAAGUAUAUUGGUCGAGAAAUGCCUUAUAAAGUUUGGUCUGAAAAACUUUGCAAAAAAGUAUCAGAGUGGUAUAAAGUUUACCACAUACAUAAAAGAAAUAAAGUCUAUGUAAGUAUAUAUUAUAUUUUUAUUUUUGGCAUUUCUUAAUAUAAUAUUUUUGGUAAAAUAUCUGGACAGAUUUUAGUAGUAUUGUAUCGAAUAAAUUGAAGAACUGUUGAGAAAAACGAUCAUGGUCCUAAAAAUUGUAUGCUGAUCAAUUUUCUUUCAUAGAUAUUUUUAAAACUACUGUAAUAUGGUCCAUGAUCUUCAUUUUGAUGAUCAUUUUUUCUCCACAGAUUUUUCAGUUAUAGAAUGUAUUAUGUAUAUUAUAUUCUAUAAUGAAAAUACAAUAUAAUUUUCAGGUAUUGAACUCCCUUGGCAUACAUCCAGAUUUUUGGAGCAUUUUGGGUGAUGAAAAUCCUUUAGUAAAAUUUGAUUACAGUGAGCUCAAAUAUUUUAUAAAAGUUUGGGUUAUUAAAGGACUUUGUGAUUAUGUUAUUGUAAGUUUAUUUAUGAGUAAAUACUACUUUUAUCAAAUUAUUCAAAUAUUGUGUGACAUAUAUUAUUAUUAUUAUUAUUAUUUUAGAAUAAAUAUAAAACCAUUAACAAUAUUAUAAUAAAUUGUAAUGAAAGACAAUGCACAAUCUGGAAGAACGAUAUGGAAACUGAGGAAUAUUUCUAUUUUAGUUCAAUGCCAGACUUGAGGAUAUAUUAUUAUAAUAUUCCAACUGAUGAAGUAAUUUUGUUUUUUUCUUAUUAUUAUUAUCAUUAUUCAUUUUUAUUUUAAAUUAAUUUUAUUAAUUUUAAGCCAAAUCUCAAAUUUCUUGAAUCAGAAAAAAUUAAAGAGAAAACAGAGACUGAUGGUGAUAAUGUGUAUUUAUCUAGUAAGUAUAUUAAUUUAUUUUAAAAAAAUUGUACUUUAUGAUUAUAUCUUAUAUUAGAUAAUUUAUUUUUAUAAAGGUAAUACCUUUGGUUGUACAAAAUCACAUGACACAAGCCAUUUUAAGUUGAUAGCUGAUUCUGUUCAAGGUCUUCGUUCAUUUUUAGAUGAACUUGACAUAGAAGAUUCAUCUAUUCCUGAAACCUUAAUUAAUGCUUUAGAAAAGUUAAUUUUUAAAAUGGAACCACAAGAAUAUCAUCUGAUUAUGACUAACAAUAAUUCCAAAAUAAAAUUAUUUAAUGAUUGGAAAUCGUAUCCGGAGAGAUUUCUUAAAGAAAAAGAUGAAAUAAUUUUUUGGGAAGAGAAAGAAGUAAAAACAACUUCUGAUGGUAAUAUAUUUAUCAAUAUAAAUUUUAAUUACUAAUGUCAAACGUUAAAAAAAUUUAAAAGCAUUCAAGUAAUAAUAUUAUUAACCUGUCAACAGUCGUGUUCUUUGUUGUAACAUGAACAGUCACAUAUCAGCUCACUUUUUAUAAUUUUUAAAGUAUAUUAUUCUAAAAAUAUUAAUGUCACAUUCAUAUCUGAUUAAUAAUUUCUUACUAAUGGCCGUAUUAAUUUCUAGAGAAAAUUUGUAAAAAAUAAGACUAUUGAGUAAUGCAAUAAGGAAUGUAUUUAUUUAUUGCAUUAAGUUGAAAAUAUUAAAAAUAAAAAUAUCUGUAACUAUAAAAAUAUAAUUUGUAUAUACACGUAUGGUACACAAAAAUGUUUAGAAUAAUAUAUUAUUACAAAAUGGUUAUUGAAAAUUAAAUAUUUACAACUAUUUAAAAAAAAAAAACAGUUAAAUUCAGUAGGACACUAUAUAUAUGCAAGAUAAAAUUGACAUUUUCUUUAUUUUAGUUCUAGCUGUCAAUGAAGCAAUAAUUUGUGAGAAACGUCAAAGAAAAUCAGUCAUUAAAGAAAAAUUGGUUUUUGAUACAUGUUAUUCUGAUGGAUAUAGAAGUGAAAAUAAUAAUGAAUCAUCCGUGACUGAUUUUUUAGAUUCUGAAGAUGAUUGGGAAGCUAUGAAUCGACCUAAAUCAAAAACGAAACUACCAGUUUUAUCUUCUAAACAAAAACUGGAUGAUUUAGGAAAGCAAAUGAAAAAUAAAAGUGAAUUACCAUUAGAUAAUAAUAAAUUGGAUGGAAAAAAACAAGAUCUAAGAAGUGAGAUCUCAGAAAUAAGUGAUGAUAAAAGUGAAAAAAGUCAAGUUGUUGAAUGUAUUAUGGAAAACAAUGAUGAGAUUAUUUCAAUUAAAGAUAAUGAUGAGAUUAUUUCAAUUGAAGAUGAUGAUGAUGAUGAUAAUAUUAAUGAUGAACACAUAGUUAUUAGUGAUGAUGAUGUUGUUAUUGAAUCGAUUUCAAUCACUCCAGGUGCUGCCCAGGUUCAAAAGCCAAGUGUACAAAUUAGUGGAUAUUAUAGUUUAAACAAUAAUUUUAAUCAGCAAACAAUUGUAGAUUCUUCUAUGCGCCAAAGAGCCUCUUCUAUACGUCAAACAAAUUUUCCUAUACGCCAAGAAGCAGUGUCUCCUAUACGUUAUGCAGCCUAUCCUAUAGAUCAAACAGCUUUGCCUAUGCGCCAAGCAGUGUCUCCUAUGUGUCAAGCAGUGUCUCCUAUGCGUCAAGCUGCCACCCCUAUGCGUCAAGCAACCUCUCGUAUGCACCGAGCAACCUCUCGUAUACACCGAGCAGCGCCACGUCGAAUAUCAUCUACUACCAUUCCAAGUUUUUCUCCAAACAUAUCUAUUAUGCCAGCAAAUGUACAUUUACCAAAAGGUAUUGAAGUGUCUAUAGUAAAAGGACCUCAACCUAAAAUAAAUUCUCAUUUCAAUACUACUAAGAGACCUGCAACAAUCAGAUCUAAUGGUUUUACAAAAAAUAAUCCAUCAGUUGUUAACGUAGAAUGCAGAGUUAUUUCAAAGCCCAAUUUGAAUGGUGAAGUUAUGUUUUAUGUUAAACUACCCAAUGGUGAAUUACAUCCUGUAUCCCAUGAGCUCAUAAAUGAAUACCUAAGGAACCACAAUAAUAGUUUACCGGAUUAUUGGAUAGUUCCAUUGCCAGUAGAGGUUGCUAAACAUUUUACUAACAUUUAA